CAGCAGUGAAUGUGUGCGUGCGCGUCGCUGUGUGCGCGACUCGUUCUCCCGCGCUAUUGUUGUGUGCAGUACACUCGCGGCCAUCGUUCAUACGACACGGCUUGCGCAAACCGCAACUCCCGAUAAACAAAAUAAUGAGCAGUGUGACGCGAAUCGCGAGUGCAAGCGACUAGUGUGUGAUAACGAGUAUGUAACGUGGUGUUGUGAUAAACGUAGUGGUCUACGUGUUGUGUUGGCGUGAGCCAUGCUCGUGUUUAGGUAUGUUCUGAUUAAUUAUGCCAUCACCGGGGUCGGUGGCCGUUGAUUUCGCUACUGAGAUCGAUAUAUACCGACACGCAUUCAAACGGAACACCUCAAUAUUAGCAUUUUAAGUUACACCUGACAAAAGUUAUCUGUGAUCUCAAUUUAGUUUAGGAGACAAUCGCCUAGUAGUUGUAAGUUUAACAAAACAAUAGACAAAACGAAAUCAAUGUUUAUACUCGGCAUCCGGCUCGAAGGACCAAGUUUGAGUCGAGAGAAGUUCUAGUGCGGUAUGGGGGCGUAGUGCUGUCAUGGAUGACAGAUAGUUUGGACAGUAGAGAGGAUGGGAUAAUGGGAGUUGGUUUAGGUUCAUGAAGAUGCCGCAUGCGCACUCGAGCUCCGCUGCGAGCUCGGGGGGUGAUGACCUGGGCUCCACUGACGAGGUCAAAGUGUUCAAAGACGAAGGUGACGGGGAGGACGAGAAGAGAAGUUCCGAGAACCUUCUAGAAGAGAAGUCUAGUCUUAUUGAUUGGACUGAGAGCGAGAAUUGUCACAUACUAAUGCAUACUUACAUGAGACGCUUCAAGACGCUUGUCGAAUCUUCCGUCAAAUUUGCAGAGAGGACUUUGCCCAUAAUGCAUACUUACAUGAGACGCUUCAAGACGCUUGUCGAAUCUUCCGUCAAAUUUGCAGAGAGGACUUUGCCCAUAAUGCAUACUUACAUGAGACGCUUCAAGACGCUUGUCGAAUCUUCCGUCAAAUUUGCAGAGAGGACUUUGCCCAUGUAA